AAUAUCGCAUCCACAUUCCGCGGCGGGCACUGCCGUCGAGCGAGGAAGACCGAGCCCCGUCCGCCGCGCGCCGCCACAGACCCAUCCAUGGCGUCCCGCGGUCUCGCGCUGCUCCGGCGCCUCCCGCGGGCGUCGCCCCGGUCCGCGCCGACCCGGUCCCUCUGCGCCGCGACGGAGGAGGUCGAGCGCGACAGCAUGGAGUACGACGUCGUCAUCGUCGGCGCGGGCCCCGCGGGCCUCGCGUCGGCCAUCCGGCUCAAGCAGCUCGAGGCAGAAGCGGGCACGGAGCUCGCGGUCUGCGUCGUCGAGAAGGCGAGCGAGGUCGGCGCGCACGUCGUUUCCGGGAACGUCUUCGAGCCGCGAGCGCUCGACGAGCUGCUGCCCGACUGGCGCGACGACGGCGAGGCGCCGCUCCACACCAAGGUCCUCAACGACACGUUCCACUACCUCACGGGCGAGAGCGGGUCCAUCCCCCUGCCCUGCCCGCCGCAGCUCCACAACGACGGCAACUACGUCGCGUCGCUGUCGCAGGUCGUGCGCUGGCUCGGCGACAAGGCCGAGGAAUUGGGCGUCGAGAUCUACCCGGGCUUCGCCGCCGCCGAGGUGCUCUACGCCGACGACGGCGCGGUCAAGGGCGUCGCGACGCGCGACACGGGCCGGAACAAGGACGGCACUCCCGGCGACGCGUUCGAGCCGGGCGUCGAGCUCGUCGCGAAGCAGACGCUCUUCGCCGAGGGCGCGCGGGGGUCCUGCGCCGAGGAGGUCAUGAAGACCUUUGAUUUGCGCAGGGACUGCGACCCGCAGCAGUUCGGGCUGGGCAUCAAGGAGGUCUGGGAGGUGCCGGAGGACCACCCGGAGUUCGCGCCCGGGCUCGUGCAGCACACGCUCGGCUGGCCGCUGGACCCCGCGACCUACGGCGGCACGUUCCUCUACCACAUGGCGCCGAAUCUCGUGCAGGUCGGCCUCGUCGUCGGGCUCGACUACGCCAAUCCCCAUCUCUCCCCUUACAAGGAGUUCCAGCGGCUGAAGCACCACCCGAAGAUCGCCCGCUACCUCGAGGGCGGCGAGCCCGUCGCCUACGCGGCGCGCGUCAUCAACGAGGGGGGGCUGCAGUCCGUGCCCAGGCUCUCGUUCCCCGGCGGGGCAUUGGUGGGCUGCUCCGCGGGGUUCCUCAACGUGCCCAAGAUCAAGGGCACGCACACGGCCAUGAAGAGCGGCAUGCUUGCCGCGGAGGCCGUCUUCGACUGCGUCCGGGCGACGGCGGAGGACGAGGAGGCCGCCUACGGCGCGGAGCCCGUGGGCUACCAGGCGGCGUUCGAGUCGUCGUGGAUCCGCGAGGAGCUCCACGCGGUGCGCAACUACAAGCCCGCCUUCGGCAAGUGGGGGCUCUACGGCGGCGUCGCCUACUCGGGCCUCUCCGCCUACGUGCUCCGCGGCAAGGAGCCGUGGACGUUCUCCCACGACCACGUCGACUCGCAGACGACGGUCAAAUCGGACGACCCCAAGGCGAAGCCCAUCGACUACCCGAAGCCCGACGGCAAGCUGAGCUUCCCGCUCCUCGACAACCUGGCGCGCGCCGUUGUCGACCACGCGGACCAGCCGAGCCACCUCCGCGUCAAGCCCGAGCUCGCGUCCGAGGUCCUCGGCAAGGCCGCGCGGUCGUUGAAGGAGCACGGCGCGCCCGAGGCCAACUUCUGCCCCGCGGGCGUCUACGAGUACGCCGACGACGCCGACGGCGACCCGGAGCUCGUCAUCAACGCCCAGAACUGCGUCCACUGCAAGUGCUGCUCCAUCAAGAUGCCCUUCGAGUACGUCCAGUGGACCGUGCCCGAGGGCGGCGGCGGGCCCAACUACCAGAUCACCUAG